ACAUCACGGCGCCUAGAGGGAGGCUAGGUUAGAGAGGCCGACCGAGCUGGAGUCGUCGGCUUGUGGAGGAAGCAGCUGGGAGCUGGCGAGAGCGUGAGCGGGCGGGCAGGCGAACGAGCGAGCGCAGGCCGGGGCGGGGGGAGCGGCGCACGGCGCGGAGCAGCGUCUGCCCGGGCCGCGGCGGAGCCUCUGCCGGAGGGCAGCCCGAGCGGGCGCCUGGGUCCCCGCCCCCACUCGGCGGGGCAGUGCCCGGUGUUCCCCCGUGCGGGGGCGGCGGCGGCGGCGGCGGCGGCUGAGCGGACCCCACGGGACCGCGCGGGUGUUGCCACCUCGGCCGAGAAGCCGGCGCGGCCGCGGGGCCCUGCGAGCUGGGCCCGGGGCCCGUGACAGACGGGCCAAGGAGGGGAGAGAGGCGGCGGCGGCGGCGGCGCAGGCGACGGGGAGACAGCGGCGGCGGCGGCGACACCAUGUCAUCCCCCAGUCCCGGCAAGAGGCGGAUGGACACGGACGUAGUCAAGCUCAUUGAAAGCAAACAUGAGGUUACAAUUCUAGGAGGACUCAAUGAAUUUGUUGUCAAGUUUUAUGGACCACAAGGAACACCAUAUGAAGGCGGAGUAUGGAAAGUUAGAGUGGAUCUUCCCGACAAAUACCCUUUCAAAUCUCCGUCUAUAGGAUUCAUGAAUAAAAUUUUCCACCCCAACAUUGAUGAAGCGUCAGGAACUGUGUGUCUAGAUGUAAUUAAUCAAACUUGGACAGCUCUCUAUGAUCUUACCAAUAUAUUUGAGUCCUUCCUUCCCCAGUUGUUGGCCUAUCCUAACCCCAUAGAUCCUCUCAAUGGCGACGCCGCAGCCAUGUACCUCCACCGACCAGAGGAGUACAAGCAGAAAAUUAAAGAGUACAUCCAGAAAUACGCCACGGAGGAGGCCCUGAAGGAGCAGGAAGAGGGCACUGGCGACAGCUCAUCGGAGAGUUCUAUGUCUGACUUUUCGGAAGAUGAGGCCCAGGACAUGGAGUUGUAGUAGAAAAGCACCUGCUUUUCAGAAAGACUAUUAUUUCCUAACCAUGAGAAGCAGACUAUAAUAUUCAUAUUUAAACAAAGCAAUUUUUUUUAUUACUAAACAAGGUUUUUAUGAAUAAUAGCAUUGAUAUAUAUAUAUUAUAUAUCACCCUUUAGAUCUUGAUUUCUUGGUCAUUUCUCAACCUGAGGUGCAUAGCAUAUUCCCACAUUCCAUUUUGGUAGCAAUAUGCGGUCUGAAUGCAUGCAUUCAUAAGUCCAUUUGGUCAAGUCAGCCUGUGUGCUACUGAACUGUCAAGAAAUUGCCGCUCUGAUAGGUAAACAUGAGUAAAACAACAGAAAAGGUUGCUUCUUUUUAUUGAUGGUUCCAAAGAAAGAAAACCAAAUCUGCCAGCUCUUGGAUGAAGAUAGAGCAGUGCUUUUCCAGAGUGGAGGGAAAGGUUGUGAGGAAGAGGCGAGCUUUAGGAGUGUAUGAAGCUAGCCGUGUGCACACGCCCGCUGCUCCCGAGUCCUACGUGCCCGUUCUGAGGAGCAGUGUGAGAUGGAGUUGAAUGAGAAGUGAGACUUAGAACUUUUUUUUUUUUUUUUUUUUUUUUGGACUCAGAUUUAAGUGCAUUUUUCUAGGUAGAAUCCUGCCCUCUGUGCUGCCAGACCUGCAGCCACAUUGGUUUUGCUUUGAGAACCUUUUUGGAGUAUUUUCUGAACCCAGUUCUUUUCUUGGGCUACAGCUUGUCAUCCAGAACGUUUUUGAGAGAACAGGACUGGAGGAGAAACGUAGAAGACGCAGUUACAUCUGUCUGAUCCUAGCGCUGGGCCCGUUGGAGACCACUGCCCUGGACUGAGCUGCAAAAACUGAAAGCACUUUUUGUUUGGUGUUUUCCUUUCUUUUGUUCCUUUUUUUUUUAAUUUGCGUGAAUUGAACUUAGGUUACAGAUUUAAUUUUACCUACCAAGAGACAGUCUCCUCCCUGGACAAGGCACUCAGUGGACCAUCAGGAGGAAGACCGGCCUUGAGGCCUGAGCCCUGCACGAUCCUUUGAACUCCAGUCUUAGCUUUCUCUCUGGCAGCUGCUCCUGGCAGCAGCCCAAUUGCCAACCUCUUAUGGGAGAGGGAAGUGUGGGUACCUGAGACCCAAAACAUCCUAAAUUUAAAAUGGGUAAUGUUGAAUCAAAUGGAAGUUGUUGUACCCAAAGUGGACUCAGGUGGGUAAGAUCCACGUUCUUCUGUGACUGAGGGAGAAGUGGCGUGAACCAUGACUAAGCGGGUUGAGGGGGAGGAGGGUGCUUCCUCCCCUGUGCGGUAGCAGCCAAGUCACACAGCUGGACGUGGCCGCUGCUGCCCAGCCAGCGCCUGCUCCGCUAACUGCCACCCAGAGUGCCCAGCAGUUUCCAUCUGACUGAGGGAUUUGGAGACAGUUUAGACAGCAGCUCUGUAUUCUUUUGCCGAAACCUGAACAGUCAAAGUAGCCAAUCGUAAGACCUUCCGAAGACAUUUGAAUGUCCCCUUGGACGAACUUUCCUUUCGAUGUGUUUAGUGUAGAAGUGCUAUAUUCCACGGGGUUUAAGUUGGUUAGAUUGGGAGACCCUUCUCUCUCUCUCUCUCUCUCUCUCUCUCUCUCUCUCUCUCUCUCUCUCUCUCUCUCUCUCUCUCUCUCUCUCUCUCUCUCUCUCUCUCUCUCCCUCCCUCUCUCCCUCUCUCUCUCUCCCUCUCUCUCUCUCCCCCUCUCUCUCUCCCCCUCUCUCUCAAUUCAGAAAGCACAAUCAGUCUUUCCUUUGAAAAUCUAUAUAAAGUACAACUUUCAGCAUGAUUAUUUUCCUAAAUAAAAAGACACAUAAUUACUUAUUUUAUGUUGAUUAUGGGCAUGAAGCAAAAGGUUUUCUUUGGGGAAAAUGCAGUCUGGGGCUGUGGUCGGGUCAUUGUACUGUCCUCUCGGGCACCCGCCUGUUGGAAGGUGGCUUCAGCUGUGUCGUGUGACGCUAUGUUGUGUAAUGCUGUGCUUACCUGGCGUGCUGUCUUCUGUUUGGGAAGGAGGGCUGUGCUAGCCUUCCCGCCUUGCCCUUGAGGACUAGUGGUUUGCUCGUGCUAUAACCUUUACUGUAGGUGCUACUUAGGUAGGCUUGAAGUGCUGGGUGGUGAUUUUGAGUUCAAACAAUAAAAAAUUGUAUUUUUUCGAUACUGUAUAAAAAUAGUAUUCUAAUUACCUUUCCAAAAAAAAAAAAAACAAGGUACUGAUGAUUGCUUUUGAUCUUGUUGAAAAAGAUACAAAACAAAAAGUCCAACAAAGCAUAAGAGUCAAGUUUAGGAAUGAGUGUGAGCAGCUACUGCUGACCCUUCCAGAACCACAUGGCUCCAAUGAAGACAUACCGCUCCCUCCCGUGCAGAAGCCGUGGGGCAGUCUGUCCAGGCCUGAGCCUGGUGAAGGUUUUGCAGCACUGGCAGUUCAUGACUGCCCCCCAAAUCACUACCCUCAACUUCCUGGCACCAGUUCUGAUUCCGUUCACAUUGCUGCUCUCUGGGCCUAGGCCCUGUUAGGAAACUGGCUUUGCUCGCCUUUUGGCCCACCCUUGCUCCUUGGUGAGGUUGGAGCUGGAUGACCAUACCUGAACCAUAGGUGCAAAGGGCCCAGAAAUAAAGCCUGGCUGUGACUCUUGGGGACUCAGCCACCACAGUAAACAGAUGAGCUCUGCAGCAUGGCUGUUUGGACACCGAAACCCUCUCUAGUUACCUGUGGGGACACCGAGCCCUUGCUUUAGGAGGAGUGGCUGUAAGUCAGCUGUUGCUGGCAUUUACCCACCCUUUGUUCCUACCAGUUUUGAGGUCCUACCUUGUGGUUUACCAGUGGGAACCAUUCUCUGCCCCUGUUCAGAUGACUGGAGCUCUUGCCAAACACCGACAAGCAAUGUGGCUGCCGCCUGCAGCCCAGGCCUGCCAUGUUUGUGUGCCCCUGGAAGCCCGGCACUGGGGCCAGUGGGCUGUGCUCCGUGGUGGCCAACAUACACCCUGGCAUUUGACACUGGUCAGCAGUCUCCACCCUCCUCUACUGUGCAGCUUCAACCAGCGUUUCCUGUUAACGAGAGAGUCCCCAGAAGUUGCCACAUCUCUCCAGCACUAAUAUUUUUGUUCACUUCGAGCGCUGUUCUAAUUGCCAACGCUGAUCUAGGCUCAUGAGGAGUGUCUCUUCUCAGGAACUGCCCUGGAAAGGGCUCCCUGAAGUUCUAGUUGGCCUCGACCUGAUACUUGCAUUUUCUAGGCUGCCUUUUGGGGUGGCUAAGAAUCAUGAGCAAUCCUCUUGCCAGUCUAGUCUCUCUGGGUCAGGUUUCUGAGAGCUGGCGUUGGGUUUUAAAUGGCACGUGGCCCCUUUGUUUUAGUGACUCAGAAAAGUGAAGCCAUUUACAAAAGUUAGCAAAGAGUUUUUCUUUUGUUCAUUUCUAAUUGGGUCAUAACCUUGCUUAGCGAAAAACCAACUCAUUUCUGAUUGAGCACAAAGAACUGCGUUUCUUUGAGCUUCUGAAUCCGUGUUCAUCUUCCUUUGGCCACAGGACACCUUGGCCGGCUCUUUAGGAAUGAAGUGAAGGCCCGUUGGGGUCGUGGUGUGCAGCUUUCCACUCACCUGAGGAAUGGCCACGGCUCUUGGUGUAGCAGUUACUUGGCUGUGGGCGUGGGAAGAAAUGGCCUUUAAUUACUGAUUGUAUUUGGUACACGUUGUGUGAUACUUGAAGAGAUGAAAGGGACUUAGCAGCCCUUAAUUGAAAUCUAAGCUUUUUACCGCUCUCCCCUCCUUGCCCUAUCUCUUUCCACCGUCCUUGCAUUGUGAUGAUCUAGUGGGCAUGUCUGUCACCUGGACAAAUGCCUCCUCUGACUAUAACCUCUUAAUAGUUGUGUAUAAUGAAAACUGUAAACUUUUUUAAAUAAAAUGUGUAUAUACCUUG